UUUCUACCGCGCGCAAGGAAACUUAUGCAAAAGAAAAUUACGCCGUAUUUAAGCCAAAAAUAUUGUUAGAACAUUAUAAAAUGAACCAGGAAAUGGUUAAAAUAUGGUGUUAAUCGCUCCGUGUCUGUGCUAUUGAACUUUUGUAGUGUCCUUGUGGUCAGGAAGUUGUUCGUAGAUAGUGCAGUAAACUAAGUCGCAGUGAUCAAACUCGAGUCUCUGCAGAUGGAGAACUUUAUUUUGUAUGAAGAGAUCGGGAGAGGUAACAGAUCGGUGGUUUAUAAGGGCAGAAGAAAAGGCAGCAUACAUUUCGUGGCUAUCAUUUGCAGCGACAAAUCCAAGAGACCUGAACUCACAAACCAUGUGAGACUUGCUCACGACAUUAAGCAUGACAAUGUGGCGUCUUUUUAUGAAUGGUAUGAGACCAGCAACCAUUUGUGGCUGGUGGUGGAGAUGUGCACAGGUGGAUCCCUGGCAGCACUGGUUGCUCAAGAUGAGUGCCUGUCUGAGGACGUAGUGCGAGAGUUUUCCAUCGACCUGAUGAAAGGUCUUAAAUACAUCCACGACUCUGGCAUUGUUGUCUCGGAUCUCACACCUGCAAAGAUUUUGUUGGAUGGACCAGGAACUCUGAAGUACUCUAAUUUCUGCCUGGCUAAAGCUCAAGGAGAAAGUCUAGAGGAGUUUUUCUCUCUUGUGAUGGCAGAGGAGAUGGGAGCUGGAGACAGCAAGGAGAAUAUUAUCUCUCCGCAAAACAUAAAGUACAGAAUUAAAGAUGUUGCUCUGGCAGGUUCUCCUGUGUAUUGUGCUCCUGAGGUGCUGAGAGGAGCAGACACCAGUGUCUGCAGUGACCUGUGGGCUUUAGGCUGCAUCCUAUAUGAGAUGUUCACAGGAAAACCACCCUUUGUCUCUGAGAGUAUGACUGGUCUAGUUGAUCUCAUUUUAAAUGAAGGUCCUCCACCCCUAAGACAAAAAGAACCUGCUUUUUCACAGCCCAGUCCAGAGUUUGAGAACCUAGUAAUGGGUUUACUUCAGAAAGACCCCAUGAAGAGGUUAAGCUGGGACACUUUAUUAUCGCACCCAUUCUGGAGGGAAGCAUUUUCAGAGACCUACAUCACUUUGGAAAAAGAGCAAGACGAUGUCUCAUCAAUGUCCAGCCUGCAUUUGGCCCCUGUGUCCUCUCAGAUAACCAAGAAAGCACAGACAGCACCUGCUGACCCAGCCAGCCCAAACCUCAGCAAGUCCUUCACAUUAGAUAAUGUGAUAGAGUUUAGACCAAAGUCUGCGCUGGACAUUGACACCAGAGAGGCCAUUUUCCUCCUCAGCUCCAGACCAACCCCCAGAACAAGCAAUACAGCUCGAGAGACAGAAGACAAAGGCUCUGAAAUUCAAGAAUCCAGUGUUAUGGUGGAGGAGCAGAGUGACAUGAACGCCUGUAUUAAACCCCUUCUAUUCACAGACAGUGACCUUACAGUGACUCCCAUCAUGGAUAACCCGAAGAUUUUAAAGGCUUCUCCAGUUCGUUUUGACCCCAAAACGCUUUGUGUACCAGCACACUCAGCGGAGCGAUUGUCCUGUCUGAGCUCAGAGGACUGGUCUCAGCUCCUCCAACAGGUGUGUGGUGUUCUGGAGACAGUAGACCGGGCCGGAUCAGCCAAUGCCACAGCAGCACGCACUAAACUCAACCUGCUCUGUUACCUGUGCACUGUCUGUAACCACAGAGAGACGGCCACACGCCUCAUACACUCCCCGCUGUUCCCUGUGCUGGUUCAACAGAUGCGACAUGCUCCAAACUGGGAUAUAAGGAGCAAGGUGAUGAGGGUGAUUGGACUGAUGGCCUCCCACUGCACAGAACUCCGAGAUAACGUUCCUGUCACAGAGGCAGUUGCUAUGUUCACAGAGCUGAUCCGGGAAAACUUCAGGAGCAGCAAAUUGAAGCAAUGCUUGAUUCCACCCAUGGGGGAGCUGCUCUAUCUGAUUGCUACACAGGAAGAGAAGAAAGAGCGCCCAGGAGGAUUGUGGGUUGUUCCUGCUGCCGCCUACACCGUGUUAAUGAGGUGCCUUCGGGAAGGGGAGGAGUUGGUGGUGAACCACAUGGCUGCCAAAACCAUAGAGAAUGUGUGCAGCCGUGAGUCUCAAUACGCCCAGGGAUUCAUCACUGCAGAGGUGGGACCUGCACUUUGGUAUCUGUUCACACACUCCACAGUGGAUGCACUCAGGGUCAGCGCUAUAUCUGCUCUGUGUAAAAUAACACGCCAAUCUGUGGGAGCCUUCCAGAGUGUGAUUGACAAGGUGGGAUUACCCAGCAUCCUCAGUUGUCUGGUGUCAGGCAUCAGCCGUGUCCAGCAACACAUGCUCACUAUGUUCGCUGCCAUGUUGGCAUCAGGAGCACAUUCCCACAGAAUGGUACAGGACCGGGACUUUGUUAUGAAGAUAAUCCGCUCUCUGGAGAGUCCGUCUUCAGUCAUUCGUGCCAAGGCCUUCCUUGUUCUACUGCAGGUCCUUAUGAACAACAGAGAGAUGCUUCUGCUUUGCUGUAACUCCAGGCUGGUGAUGUACAUUGAAAGAGACGUCCGAAAGGCCACGCCAGGAAAGGAGCAACAAAGCGGCAAUGAAUACCUGUCAAAAUGCCUGACCCUCCUCAUCCGUCACACCGUGCACGAACUGCCAGCCAUCCUGGAUGACAUCCUGUCCGUGUUGGGCAGCAUUGUGGGAAGGAAGCACCCCUCUCCUACGCAGUCCCGUCAGCUGAAGCAGAGCCUCCCCAUGAUGGCUGUGGUGCUGCAUCUGCUCACCUCACAGAUCUUCCGACCACAGGUGGUGACUGAAGCCUUUCUCAUCAAAUUUGGAAAACUGCUGAAUCACGUUACCUCCAUUGACUCUAAUGAGACGAGUUUGGGAAGUGCUAUAGGUCAAGCAGCAUCCGAGGAACUGAUCAGAAACACACUAUCUGCAGUGGAGGCCAUUUCCCAACAUCCCACUCUUCUCGGCCUCUAUCACUGCACUGUUGUGGAUUUGAUUGCACCACAUCUGGCAUCUCUGGCCUUCAGUAAAAAUGUGGAAUGGCGUAUUGUGAGUUUGCGUGUGCUGUCAGAGAUCACGCUGCUGCUGCUGAGCCAAGACGAGGUGGAAGAGAGAGAGAGAAAUGGAGGGAGAGAAUGGGAGUGGGAAGGUGAAGGCAUCUCCUCCAACACUCGCUUGCUAACGCUCAUCUCUGAGGCCCUGCUGCCACAGUAUGAGACUCUGCUCCUGGAGCCAGAUCCUGUACCAGUAUAUGCUCUCAAACUGCUUGUGUCCCUCACGGAGCACAGCUCACCCAUCAGCAGGCUUGUUAGAGAGAGCCGUCUCCUGCCUGCUGUCUUUCAAGUCAUAGAGGUGCACCAGAAUAACACAGUUGGCAGCACGAUGCAGAACGCCAUGGCUCUCCUCUGCAAUCUGAUUGGACAGAAGGGCACAGACCUCCGACCGUUCUACCAGCAAGGUGUAACUGAGUUGGUGUGUAAUGUCUUUGUGGAAGUUACUGGUGUGUAUUUGGUGAGAGAAAUGCACUCAGGGCUGAAGAGCUGCUCUUCUCUGCUCCUGUGUCUGCUGGACAUCAUCCACUGCCUGCUCAAAAACCUUUCGUCUGUAGUCCGACUGGCCCUCCAGAGAUCAGAGAGUAAUGAAGACACUGAGGCUGCAGAGGAACUACUGCUCAUCAACAAGCCACUGACGGAGCUAAACAACCUCCUCAUUCAGCUGCUGGCGUGUAAUGACAGUGAGGUGUAUGAGGAGGCCAGUCACUGUGUGUCUCUGCUGGCUCAGCUGUAUGGAGGAGAGGGUGCAGACUGCCUGCAGCCGGAGGAACUGCUCAGCCUGGCACACGCACUGCAGACACACACUGAGCCCAGACAGCAGAAACUGCUGCUCCGCGUGCUGAAACGCUUGAUGAGUGCGGUUGGCUCCUGUUGGGGUUCUUCGGAAGGACAGAUCCUGCUUCACGUGCUGCAGAAACUGACGCUGCCUACUGGGUCCCAGUCAGACAUGGCAGUGGAAUCACUAGCUGCAGAGAUUCUGAAGGGCAUUGGGUCCCAGGCAGAACUGAGACCCGCAGAACAGAGUCUCACACCUGCUAUUUAAUGUGUGUGUAUAUAU